AUGGAGAUCGGCGACGGGCUCGGAACCACUGCCGCUCCCGCGGCAUCCAAGUGUCCCUCCGUGCCCGGUUCGCGGCGCGAUCUGAUUCUUAACGCGUGCGCUCCCGAGGUGGCGGACGGCGAUGGCGGCUCGGGCUCGGCUAGCGAAGGCGCGGUGGUGCGCGGAGGCAGCGACCCGAGCGCUUCGAGCUACCGGCUGGGAGGAGGAGCACGGCACCAGCGCUUCAUCCGCAGGAGCCUGUGGUUCGCCGACAGCGACGAGCAGACGUCCGAGCCGACCGAGGCCGAGUGCGUGAACGUGAGCGCGAGCGUAAGCCUGCGGAACUUGGUUGUGGACCGGAGCCGCAGGGCCAUGCGCUCGAGCCUAAGGGAAGGCUCGAGCACCGAGAGUCAGGGACAAGGCGGGCAGAAGGACAGUGCUACGGAGAGCACGAGCGCGGACGAGGAGAGAGGGAGAGGAGCCGCCGCUGCCGCCGCCGCCGCCGCCACCACAGCCGAAGUAAACGGCGACUCGCCUGAUGGGAGAGCGAGCGCGACGAAAAGCGCGAGCGAAGAGAACGAGGAGGAGGCCGAGAUGAAGGCCGUGGCCACCUCACCCGGUGGCCGCUUUCUCAAGUUCGACAUCGAGCUCGGGAGGGGCUCCUUCAAGACCGUCUACAAGGGCCUGGACACCGAGACGUGGGUGGAGGUGGCGUGGUGCGAGCUUCAGGACCGAAAGCUGACCAAAGUGGAGAGGCAGCGCUUCAAAGAGGAGGCGGAGAUGCUGAAGGGUCUUCAGCAUCCGAACAUUGUACGCUUCUACGACUUCUGGGAGUCUCUACUCAAAGGGAAGAAAUGUAUUGUCCUGGUGACGGAGCUCAUGACCUCAGGGACGUUGAAAACCUAUCUGAAACGCUUUAAGGUGAUGAAGCCCAAAGUCUUACGGAGCUGGUGUCGGCAGAUCCUGAAGGGCCUGCACUUCUUGCACACACGCACCCCUCCCAUCAUCCACCGGGAUCUCAAGUGUGACAACAUCUUUAUCACAGGCCCAACGGGCAGCGUGAAGAUCGGAGACCUAGGCCUGGCCACCCUCAAGAGAGCCUCCUUUGCCAAGAGUGUCAUCGGCACCCCAGAGUUCAUGGCCCCAGAGAUGUAUGAGGAGCACUACGAUGAAUCAGUGGAUGUUUACGCCUUUGGCAUGUGCAUGCUGGAGAUGGCCACGUCGGAAUACCCCUACUCUGAGUGUCAGAACGCUGCCCAGAUCUACCGCAAAGUCACCAGCGGGGUGAAGCCUGCCAGCUAUAACAAGGUCAUGGACCCAGAGGUCAAGGAGAUUAUUGGCGAGUGUAUCUGCCAGAAUAAGGAGGAGCGCUACUCUAUAAAGGACCUCCUGAACCAUGCCUUCUUCGCGGAGGACACAGGCGUGCGGGUGGAACUGGCUGAGGAAGAUGACGGGAGGAAGGCAUCUAUCGCGCUCAGGCUGUGGGUGGAAGACCCACGCAAGCUGAAGGGCAAGUACAAGGAUGGGGGUGUCAUCGAGUUCACGUUUGACCUGCAGAAGGAGGUUCCUGAGGGCGUGGCUCAGGAGAUGGUUGAAUCUGGCUUGUUCCAUGAGAGUGAUGCAAAGAUUGUGGGGAAGUCUAUUCGGGAUCGUGUGGCAUUGAUAAAGUGGAGACGAGAGCGCACCGUGCCGUCAGCAGCUCAGAGCAGCAUGGCUCAAACCCCGCCAGCCCAGCUGCCUGCUGGCACAGUGCCCACUCUGUGCGAGCCCACCGUCCCAGCAGAGCCUGAAGAGACAGAGGCAGAUCAGCACAGCCGUCUGGGCCAGCCCAGUGCUAGCACUACCUCUGUAACGUCUGACAGUGGUGUUGGCUCUACAGUAUACUCAGACUCCCACAGUAGCAGCCUGCACAGUGUCAUAUACCAGUCUCUGCAGGAACCCGUCUCCACGGCAACACGGCAGCAUCAUCCCGUUGGCCCAUUUUUGACGCCUCAUGAUCAUGUUUUGGAAGCGUGGGCUUCCCACCAGGUGGCAGGUCAUAAAGCAGGUGCAUGCCACCAAAGUGCUCAUGUGACUGACACUUUCCGAAACCACCCAUGUGUCCAGUCCAUUUUCCGGCCCAUAAGCCCUGCUACCAUGCAUGCGACAUCAGCUCAGUUGGAAUCAAAAGAGGAAGGAGGGGAUAAUGCUUCCCGAAAAUUGCUGCUCUCUCCAUUGCCCUUUGAACCUCGUCGCCAUAGUGACUCCUCCAUGGGGCUGUGGUGUGAGAUGGAAUGUGAAGACAAUGCAGCUUCCGAGGACCGGGGACGUCGAUACUCUUUAAGUUAUGCCCCUCACAGUCCACACCCCUUGUGCAACACCUGCCUUUCCCUGCUUCUACUUAAGACUCGGACAGAGAAAAGCGCUGCAAUUGCGCCCCCGUGUAUAUGCGCUAGUCACCGUCUGUCUCCCGUGCUAUCGCCUACUGGACUACUACCUGGAACAGGUGUGCAUAGGGGGUCCCACAUUGAAAGCUCUGACCUUUUAGACCUCAAUAAAUCUCUGCAAAACAUUACUGGCCACAAGCAUACCCCAAAUCCCUCCUUACUAAGAGUCCCAUCAGUAGUUGUAGAAAAUGGGCUGUAUCGGCCCGCCCGCAGCCAUGGUGACGAGAAACAGAUGGCGGAGUCUCUGAGUGGUGAACUAAUGCCAAAGCCUACAACACACCGCAGGGCGAGUGUGUGUGUGGGUGACCACGGCCUCAUUCACUGGUCCGCAGCACCUGCUCCAACCCUGCAGAUUCAUGCCCACGUGCUCCAGCCUUCUCAGAGCUACUCGGCAGCAUCCGGUGUAGCACCCAUACAGCCCAGCUAUCCACCUACGGCCCAGUCUGUGCUGCCCCAGAGCUACCCUUCUGUCCCUUCCACCGCGCAGCAGCAGGCCACUUUUGCUCAGCAGUUACCAGUGCAACAGCCUGCACAGAGCACGUUGAUUGCACCACCAUUGGUGAACGUGCAAAGCUACUCUGCUGUAGGACAUACUGGACAGCCAAGUGUCCAAGCAAAUGUGCAUUCGCCUGCACCUGUGCAACAGACUGUCACCGCACAGAGUUAUGUGCCGGUUGGAACUGCACAAACUUUGCCAGCUGCAGCCAGCCAAGCGUUACCUUCUUUGCUGCAAGCGGUAGGUGCAACCACCCGAACAUUACCACCAGUACAGCAAGCCACAGCUGCGGCUGUUCAACAUGUGGCAAAGGCCCCAAACCUUGAAGCCUUGCAGGGUAGUGUGCGACCUGUUUCACCAUACUUACCUGUGCAGCAGGUCUCAACUGUGCAGAGCUACCCUGACGCUGCAGCUCUGCCGCUUAGCAUGCAAACUGUCCAGACUGGAGCCUCCAGCCUGCAGCAAGGGCAACAUGCACCGAUGCAGUCAAGACCAGAUCAACAGCCGGCUCAGCCGACAGGACAGGUCACUGCGCACCACGGCUUUCACCCAAUGGGUGUGACAGCAUGUGCAAAAAUGACUGAUAUAACAGAAUCUCUGCAGUCGGCGGCGCCUGCAGCUGCACCUGUGUUUCCAAGUCAUGCGGCCUCUGAAGCAAUGAACAUGCAGCACACCUUCUUGUCAUCAUCCUGUUUACCUUCUCAGAUCCUUUGUUCUCAGCCAUCAUUGGUCCAGAGUUCUGCUGCUCAUCAGCUGCAACCACACCAGACUUCCUCGUCUCAGCAACCAAAUCACCUCACACUGUUACCUUCUUUGAAUCCUGCCCAUUCUGUUGGGGCCACUCUUCCUGGACAUGAUUCCUGUCCCUCGUCUUUUUCCUCCUCUGUGCAUUCAUCCCUUGCUCCGCUGUACCUCUCCACUGGCCAGCCUGCCCCUUCACUUCCCUCUCUUUCACCAGUGCCCUGCUCACAAAUAGAGGGAGCUGUGCCAACACAGUACCCUCUCUUACCCUCCACUUCCCCAAAACCCACACAGUGUCCCCAGCAACCCUUUGCUGCUCCUGCACUCACAACUACAGUCCCCAUAAUGCACUCUUACCAACAGUGCUAUCCUGUGGUUCAGCAACAAAGCGCAAGCUCCAUGGUCACGCCUUCUUCUCAUACCCUCACUAAGACCGCUCCCCCAGUGCACCAAAACCUACCUCCUUCACCAAAUCCUGCCUCACUGUAUGCAGGAGCUCCUCCCACCUCCCCGGCUCCUCCUCCUCAGGGUGCCGCUACCAGCAAUAACCAGGCCCAGUCUGUGCUUCCAGUCCCAAACGCAGUCCAUGUGAGCUCUACUCAGAGCACCGUCUUAAUUCCCACCUCUGUCCCGGUUCACUGCUCGCAGAUUACUGUCACCACAGCUCAGAACGGCACCACCGUCUUGGCCCGCCAUGCCCAAACUACCAGUGCUUCCCAUCUCCCUCAACCCACCCUUCAUGCUGCAUCAACAAACCAGACCCCAUCCUUGGGCACUGUACCAGAUCCAGCAAGUGCUGCUGCGUCUUUGGAUUUGAACCAGGAGCCCUUUGCAGCCAGCUCCAGCGUGACUCAGCAAAAGCAGCCCAGCAGCACCUCAACUCAGCAGAGCCAGCAGUCCAGUGCCGGCGGGAGCGGAGCGGGCCAGCCGCCCACUGAUGUUUUUGCCGAGGAGUCUGCACUGGAUAAAGCAACAACAGUCCCUGGAUCUGCUUAUGACAGCAUGAACUCUGAUGCCACAUCAGGAAAAGAGAUGAGUGAUGGGAACGAGGGGACGCACGGUGGGAGGAGUGAGUCUAGAGUCCGGAAACACCACCGCAAGUCCUCACGCACACGCUCUCGGCAGGAGAAGACUGGCAAGCCCAAACUGAGCAUGCUCAAUGUGUGUAACACUGGGGACAAGAUGGUGGAAUGCCAGCUGGAGACUCACAACCACAAGAUGGUCACUUUUAAGUUUGAUCUGGAUGGAGAUGCUCCAGAGGAGAUCGCCACCUACAUGGUUGAGAAUGAUUUUAUUCUUCUGCUGGAGAAGGAAAUGUUCAUUGAUCAGCUGAAGGACAUUGUGGAGAAAGCGGAGGACAUCCUGAGUGAAGACACAGAGGGAGAGAGGGGCACAGACCAGCCAUCCUGGCCCAAUCAGAGCCUCAUCAACGGGACCCCUGGCUCUGAGGGAACAAAACCUCAGCAAACACAGUCCAGCCAGCUAGUCUACCAGCAAAAUGUGCUCCACACAGGAAAACGCUUGUUCAUCAUCUGUCCUGUGGCUGAGGUGCCUCCAUGCAAUAAGGAAGACAAUGUCACAGUCAAAGACCCUGAAGGCCCCUCUACAGCUCCGAUGCAAGAUACCAGUGUAGGUGGAGCCAGACCGCUUCAGAAACACGCAUCUUUAUCAAAGCCCCCUCUCAGUGCCACUGAGCGUACUCAGUCAGUGGAGGACCCUAAGACUGGUCAUUCAGCAGCAGCAGCGUCCAUGGUUACAGACAUCCCGUGCUGUCCCAUCGGCCCUGCUGUUUCCCAGGAUAUGAGCGCACAGAAAACCAUCACAGCCCCUCACCAGCCAGCCAAUCAAAAUGCCAGCCCCGUCACAGACACACCUCUGAGCCAAACUCAACCAGUAGUACUUCAGCAACCUUUUUCUACACCCAUUCCACCACCUGCUGUUGGCAGUACACAGUCACAGCCUCAAAGCCCUGCCCAUCAGACACAGCAGGCCCCUCCUACUACAUCUUCUACAUCAGGCCCUGCUUCGUCCCAGACACAGGCGGCAGGCGGGCCAGGAGAGUCCGAUGGAGAAGGGCCUCCCAGACUAGAGUUUGCUGAUAGGACAAUAAAGACACUCGAUGAGAAACUCAGAAACCUUCUGUACCAAGAGUACAACCCCUCACAAACCACAAGCUCAGCGUCUGACCCCCCAGGAUCACCACCAGUGUCAGACAGUCAGGGCAGUGAUGGGCCGCUGAGGAGAGGAGAAAUGCUGCCUCAGAUUCCAGAGAGGAGUGAUAGUCUUGGUACCCUGAGUGACUCUGCAGUUGCUCCUUUGAACAGGCUACUCAUUAGAAAUGACUCAACAGGCAGCUCUAGUGGACACAAUUCAUCCACGAGUCGCUUCAAGAUUGUUCCAACACCUCCGGAUGUUGUGCAUCGUUUGGAACGCGGCAGGAGGAGCCAAAGCACUUGCAGCUCAGCAGUGACUGCUCAAGAUGAGGGAGGGGCUGCAGUAACCAUGGAUACUAGAGUUUCCUUAACUGACAACAGAGUCCAAGCCAAGUCCCACAGCAAUCGUUACUCAGCUCCUCCUGACUUCUAUCAGGAGAUGCCCCCAUCCAGCCCAGAAGCCGCACCUUCACUCCCUCAUGCUCCGACCUCCCUGUCAAUUGAUACAGCGACGCAGCACGGCCUCCAUCUCACCUCAGAUUCCGGUGAAGACGACAACUGCUUUGCUCCACCCAAUAAACCCACACAACCUGCACAUGCUCUUUCAGAGCACAGUGGCAGUGAUCUGAUGAAGCGGGCGGUGGCCUUUUUCCGUCGCUCUGGCCGCAGUAGCAGCGUGCAGAGCUCCGAUUCACCCAGCCGUCCUCCACUUCAAAAUGGACAUGCCCCCUGUGUCGCCAGUCACGCCCACUCUACAUAUGUCAGCAGUGAUAAUGACUCGGAGUUUGAAGACGCAGAUAUGAAGAAGGAGCUCCAGAGGCUCAGAGAGAAGCAUAUGAAGGAAAUCUCGGAGCUGCAGGCUAAUCAAAGAAGCGAGAUAGAGCAGCUUUACUCUCGGCUGGGCCGUCCCGUGCCACCCAGCAUGGGUUUCCUUCAUGCAGCACCCCCGACAGGCCGCCGCCGCAGAGCCUCCAAACACAAACUCAAGGCAGGCAAGCUCCUCAACCCCAUGGUGCAACAGCUCAAAAACAACCGAGCUGAGACUUCUUCCAGUGCGUCUGCUUCUCCAGCCAAGAGCUCGAUUCUAGGUAACAGCUCAGUGGGUUCAAGCCUGGCCACGCUGCAGAGUCCAGUGUCCGAGCCACUGCAGCCAGUCCAAACCCAGCAGCCCUGCUCACUCAAAGUCUCUCUGUCUUCUGACAACAUCUGCGGCUCACCCACACACACUCCUCCUGGACAAGGCUGGACCGUUUACCACCAAACAUCCGAGAGAGUCACCUAUAAAUCUAGUAGCAAACCGCGCACUAGAUUCCUCAGUGGACCCGUGUCUCUGUCCAUCUGGUCCACUCUGAAACGACUAUGUCUAGGCAAAGAGCGCAGUAGUAGGUCAUCGCACAGCACUGGUGCCACCCCUGUGACCUCAGCAUCCAAUCAGCAAUCAGUCCCACCCCCUGUGGUUACGCCUGCACCUGCUCCUCGGCCAAUCACAACACUGGCUCAGGCUCAGACAAACAACAGCAACAAUAAAACCGGGACAUUUACAGAUGACUUGCACAAGCUGGUCGACGACUGGGCAAAAGAAACACUUGCUGCCGGCCCUCAGCCACGGCCUUCUCUCAACCAGAUCAAACAGCAGCAACGCCAUCAGGACUUCAAGGCCACUUCCAUGCCUAUGGGUGGAGCCACAAAUCAGAUAAGGCCUCCAGUCCCUCCAAGCUCAUUGCAGUUCCAGCUGCCGCUUCCCUGCCCGCUCUCAGCUGCUCUGGGUCCUGCAGUGCCCCCCGCCCUCAGCACCACCCCCUCACCUGUCCUCCAGCCAGCCGGCUACCUGCUUCCCACCGGUCCUUUUGGAGGGGUGAUGCCGAACCCUGGGUACUCAACCCAGUGGCCUGGAAUUCCCUGUCCAGUUGGCACAAUGGGGCCAGUGAACAUGCUUGGCACGGCGGGUAUGGUACCCUUCUCUGCAUUGGCCAACCCUGCACUGCAAUCGUUUCCCAUGGCGUUGAAUGGCUCGGACACCCCCGUGUGCCCUGGCAGCGCUAGGACUGUGUAAUUAUGUCACCAGAUGUACUCCUGCCCAUUCUACAAGCAAUGUUCUGGGCCAAUAGCUUCAGUAACUUGUGUUUCUUUGUAAUGCAAAGCUAUGUAGUCUUGAGUUGAUACCCAUUCAGUGGCCCAUUCAAAUCAGUCUCUGGUAAGAGGUUUGUUACACCAGAGUCCUGCAUUCAAAUACCGUGUGGGGUUACCCUGGCCUCACAUUGAAACCACAGUACCCAUAGUUCUUUUGCAUUGGUCCAGUGGUAAUGAUGUCAGUAACAUCCUGCCUUUGACGGCAGAUGCACCUGUACAUAACCCCAGAGCCUGUAAAUAAUGUGUGUAUGUGCACGUGUGCUUGAGCGAGUGAAAGGAAGUCUGCAUUUGUCUGUAAUAUCACUAUGGCCUUUAUGAAUUCUACAGCCAUAAUUGGUCAUAAUCUCAUGUGGUCUGUUUUUUGUUUUUUUGUUGUUUUUGUUGUACUUUUCCACCACAACUCAGCAAAUCACUGUUUGACAGGCCUAGUAGAAAGUAAACAGGAAGGUGGUGGCGACCAGAGCUGUAGAUAAAUGAACACUCAGAGAAACAAAUUAUUUCAGGAACUCUAGAAGAAUCUAUUUAGAGUUUUGUUGAUCUACCUGUAAUAGUAAAAAGGUAGAGCACAAAAUCUCAACCUGCGUUUAUUAAACUCCCUAGAUAUAUAGCUCUGGUUGGUACCCUAAUGUUUUGUUUUUGUUUUUUUAAAUAUAAGACAGUUACUGCUGGAAUUGGCCACCAACACAAAAUGCAGUCUCAGACCACAUUGCAGAUUCCCUACAUGCAAAAGAGACAUUCAAGGAGAAUGUAGUGCCUUGGUAACCAAACAGAUUUCCAAAUAUAAAUCAACAAGCCUCCCUUCAAAAAGGCUGGCACUUCCUUGAGUUACUAGGAAUCUCCUGUUUUUAAUGCAAUAUCAUUUUUUUCUUCUCACACUUCCCACCACUUGAGUUUUUUGUUAGAUUGUUUACAAUUUUAAAAGCCCUUCAUGUAAAGCACUGCAUGAACCAUCCUCUUAAUUUAGUAUCAAGUGUAAAACAAAAACCUUUUGGUUUACGGCCCCAUCGCGAAGCCGUUAACAAGCACAAUGUGAGAAUUCGCAAAUGUUUAUACCAACAUCGUAACCUCCUAAAACGUUGGCCACUUGCAUGCUUUUGCUGUCUUGAUAGUGGACAACAAGGGCCAUACCAUCGCUGUAAUUACAUUUGUGGAAAAAUGAACUCAAAUUUCAUGUGGUGCUUGUUUCAUGUUGUGCGUGUUGAGGCAAAAACAGCGCGUUUGCAUGCUCAUUGUAAAGUUUACAAGUUUACAAAAUUCAGUCCAUUCUAUUAGUUUGUAAAGAUGGGGAUGAGUGGCUUUGGACAAGUUGUGCGUGCAUGUCGGAGGUGUCUCAGAAUGUAGCAGUUGUGUAAGAUAGGGAAAGUGUAGCUGCGCAGAUUUAAGUGCAAUUCCGCCCUCUUUCACGAUAAAAAAAAAAAUGAAAAAGCAAGAAAAAAAAAAAGAAAUAAAAAGCUUUCAGAAAUGGCCUUGCCACAAGCCUUAUCCACACACCAGGGGCCAGCAUUGACUUUGGCACUGUACAGGACUGCCUAGUGUUCCAUACACCGACUAAUGUGAGUUUAGUUUAAAUUAGAUUUCUAUGAUUUUUUUUUUUCCCCUUGUUAUAACUUACAACUAUAUUGAUUAGCAUUUUGCAUUGGGUGUAUUGUUUUUUGUGUUUUUUUUUGUUUUUUUUUCCUUGUAGGGCAGUGCAAUCAGUAGACUUGUUUAUAUGGUCUAAUAACUUUCUUAGCAUUUUUUCAGUGCUGCUAGUGUGUCCUGACUGAUCUAAUUUAGCGGUGAGCAAAUGAGCGGUAAAAUGAGCGGUGAGCAACAGUGACUACGCGUACAAGCACACAGUUCAGUGCACAAGGCAAUACAUUAACUCUAGUCCAACAAACUGACCAGGUUAUCUAGAUAUUAUGUAAAGUACUGAGUAUGAAACUUAAUGUAAAAUCCAGCCCUAAGCCAUGUGCAGAUACAAAUACCACACUGUGUAUGUGUGUCACAAAUAGUUGCAAUUGACACAUGCUUUGCCCAUAAAUGUCUUCUUUUGUAGUUGAGAUUGGACAGCUACUCAGAAUAUUUGGCAAAAGUGCAGUUCAAAUUAUUGCCGUUUUUGGUUAGAGUUACUACGUAACAUUGACUCUCUACACUGCUGGGCUGGCCUAAGUUGCUAAAGCUAAUCAAAACUACGCAGGCUGGAAACAAUAAGUUAACAAUAACAAGUUUGCUACCAUGAUGCCACCUAGCUCAAUUACACAGCAAAAAACUACAAGCGUUUCCGAGUUUAAACCAGCUGCUCCAA